UUCUCCUACUAUGGCAUGCGAGCUGUCCUGGUGCUGUACUUUAAGUACUUCUUGCGCUGGGAUGAUGACUUGGCUACCUCCAUCUACCAUGUCUUUGUGGCUCUCUGCUACCUGACCCCCAUCCUUGGGGCCAUUGUGGCUGACUCAUGGCUUGGAAAGUUCAAGACUAUCAUCUACUUGUCGAUUGUCUAUGCGAUUGGCCAGAUUGCGAUGGCUGUCAGUGCAAUCCACGAUAUCACUGACGAAGACAGAGACGGGACACCAGACAACAUGACCUAUCAUAUUGUGUUGUCCAUGGUGGGUCUCUUCCUCAUCGCUCUUGGUACUGGUGGCAUCAAACCUUGUGUUGCUGCUUUUGGUGGAGACCAAUUCGGUGACCAUCAGGAAAACCAAAGGAGAACCUUCUUCUCUGUCUUCUACCUGUGCAUCAAUGGUGGGAGUCUCCUGUCAACCAUUAUCACUCCAAUCCUGAGAGCUCAGGAAUGUGGCAUCUACACUGCGCAGAAGUGUUAUUCGUUGGCCUUCGGUGUCCCUGCAGUUCUAAUGGUGGUUGCACUCGUGGUGUUUAUCGUUGGAAGUGGUAUGUACUACAAAGCUGAGCCACAGGGAAACAUCAUGCUGGAUGUGUGUAAAUGUAUUGGGUUUGCCAUUAAAAAUCGCUACAAGCACAGAAGCAACCAGUACCCAAAGAGGCAGCACUGGAUGGACUGGGCAGAGGAGAAAUAUGAUAAACUCCUCAUUGCUCAAAUCAAAAUGGUGCUGAGGGUGCUCUUUUUGUACAUCCCGCUCCCGAUGUUCUGGACUCUGUUUGACCAAAAGGGUUCUAGAUGGACUCUGCAAGCCACCACCAUGGAUGGAAACUUUGGGGCACUUGUUAUACAGCCUGAUCAGAUGCAGACUGUCAACCCCAUCCUGAUCCUCACUCUGGUGCCGAUCAUGGACAGCCUCAUCUACCCUCUCAUCAAAAAAUGUGGCCUAAAUUUUACACCUCUGAAAAGAAUGACAGUCGGGAUGAUUCUGGCAGCUAUAGCUUUUGUCUGUGCUGCUUUAGUUCAGACUCAAAUUGAUAAAACAUUGCCCACCUUCCCAUCUGCCUCUCAGAGUCAGCUGAAAUUACUCAACAUGGGCACCAGUCAGGUGACGGUUAAUCUUCCCGGGAAUGAUCCUCUGGUACUUCCUGCAGCUCAGGCCAGCAGUGAAUUCUUCACAUUUGAUGCGGACAUAAUGGUUGUUUCAAUAGGCAGCCCUGCGGUGACGAGAUCUGUUCCUCUGACCAAAAAAAAGCGUCAAACUCUUCUGAUUCCCUUAAACAUCACUGAAGAAUGGCUGUUGACUGAGGAUUUGACUUCGAAACCAGAAGAAGGCAAUAAUGCAAUCCGAUUUAUAAAUGGAAUGAAUACAGAAGUGAACGUUUCAACUUCUGCAGACGACUUUGAACUGAUUGAGCCAUUUUCUUAUACCAACUACUCCGAGAUAAAAAAUGGAAAGUCCCUCUUCACCAUAUGGAGAGGUUCACAGAAAUGUGAAUACAGCAGAGAGUUUGGAUUUGGAAGUUCUUAUACCUUCUUCAUUCCCAGCACUUUUGACUUUGGACCAAAUUGUCACGAGUCUAUUUCUGCAGCAGAAGACAUCAAGCCCAACUCAGUUCACAUGGCUCUGCAGAUCCCACAGUACUUCUUCAUCACCGCUGGUGAAGUGAUGUUUUCUGUUACAGGUCUGGAGUUCUCCUACUCACAGGCACCGAGUAACAUGAAAGCCGUGCUGCAAGCAGGCUGGUUGUUUACUGUUGCUAUUGGCAACUUCAUCGUACUGAUUGUGGCCGAGCUUGCAAAGAUUCCCAAACAGUGGGCGGAGUACGUCCUGUUUGCCUGCCUCUUGUUUGCAGUGUGUUGCAUCUUCUCCAUCAUGGCGUAUUUCUACACUUACAUCGACCCUUCAGCGAUAGAGGCCCAGUUCAAGAACGUUAAUAAGGAUGAUGAGGAUGAUAAAGACCGGCUGCAGAAGGCAGAAAUUGAGAUGGUCAAGAGAGACUCAGUUAAAAGCAACUCAUUUAAAAGAGACUCAGUUAAAAGUCACAAAGAUUAUGAUGAUGCAGACAAACAGACCCACAUGUGA